GGGUUCAACAUUUAUGUUGGUGGUGGUAUGGGAAGAACACAUAGGAUGGAGACCACAUUUCCCCGUAUAGCAGAUCCAUUGGGUUAUGUGCCAAAAGAAGAUAUUCUAUACGCCGUAAAAGCUAUUGUUGUUACACAACGUGAAAAUGGGAGAAGAGAUGAUCGUAAGUUUAGUAGAAUGAAAUAUUUGCUCAGCUCCUGGGGUAUUGAAAAAUUUAGAAGUGUCGUAGAGCAAUAUUAUGGGAAGAAAUUUGAGCCUUUUCGGGAGUUGCCUGAGUGGCAGUUCAAAAGUUAUUUAGGAUGGCAUGAACAGGGUGAUGGUGGUUUGUUCUGUGGGCUCCAUGUAGAUAGUGGUCGUCUUGGAGGGAAAAUGAAGAAGACUUUAAGAGAAGUAAUAGAGAAGUAUAACCUAAAUGUUCGCAUCACCCCGAACCAGAACAUAAUCCUGUGUGAUAUUCGCAGUGCUUGGAAGCGUCCCAUUACAACAGUUCUUGCACAGGGUGGUCUGCUGCAACCAAGAUAUGUAGACCCCCUCAACAUAACUGCAAUGGCCUGCCCGGCUUUUCCACUGUGCCCUCUGGCAAUAACUGAAGCUGAAAGGGGAAUCCCUGAUAUUCUAAAGCGAGUUCGAGCUGUAUUUGAGAAGGUUGGUCUUAAGUACAAUGAGUCUGUGGUAGUAAGGAUAACUGGCUGCCCAAAUGGCUGUGCUAGACCAUACAUGGCUGAACUUGGGUUGGUCGGUGAUGGUCCUAACAGUUAUCAGAUUUGGCUUGGAGGAACGCCGAACCAAACCUCUUUGGCGAGGACUUUUAUGAAUAAGGUUAAGGUUCAAGAUCUUGAAAAGAUACUGGAACCUUUAUUCUAUCAUUGGAAACGCAAAAGACAAUCCAAGGAAUCAUUUGGCGAAUUCACAACUCGAAUGGGAUUUGAGAAACUACAAGAGCUGGUUGACAAAUGGGAAGGCCCGAUUCAAUCAGCAUCUCGACACAACCUAAAGCUUUUUGCUGAUAAGGAAACAUAUGAAGCCGUGGAUGAACUUGCUAAGUUGCAGAGCAAGAGUGCUCAUCAAUUAGCCAUAGAAGUGAUUCGCAAUUUUGUUGCUUCGCAGCAGAUGGAAAAGUGAAUGAUUCAGUGAUGCAAGCAGACUCUCAUUUGUCUGAGUCCACAGUUUCCAGGGUGUUACUAUUCGGUAACAUCUGGAGUAUAUGGAUACUGAGUUUUUGGUAUGACUUUGCAUUUUAUCUUCUUGUACGAGGGUUUUAGAAGCGCUCGGAUUCUGUAGAAGUAAAUAUGGGUUGGUGUAGUCUUAUUUUUUGGAAGUUGUUUUGUGUUCGGGUCCCCUAAUAAAAAAUCUCAGUCUCCGCGUGUUUGGUCGGUCUUAACUGGUUUCUGACGCUGUGGCUCGGCAGGCAAGCCUCCUCCCCCGGUUGAAGCUGAGACAAGUGUUUUAUUGAGAGUUUACUCUUAAAACAUAACAGAAUUAAAUUUAAUGGAAGGAUUUCUAGUUUUUAUGUUUUA